UUGAAGCUGCUGAAGCUGACCUAUUGUCCGACUCGUCCAUCUCUCGGUCUCUCACUCUCUCGAAUUCCCUCUGCAAUGUCGGAGAAGUAUUUCCUCUCCGAUCCUUCCAAAACCCUAGCUAGUAUCUUGAAUUCUUGAUACCCUCAAACUCCCCCUAAUUGCCUUCACGCAACAUCUGAUAUACUUUCUCUUCCUUUCUCAUCUCAACAAUCGCUCUGUGAAAGAUAUUAGAAUGUCAGGUCUCUGUUGCUGAACAAAUCGAGCUUUGCAUUCCCGAAUCUGCGUUCAAUAUGUCCCGAGACAUGUCUGCAUUCGGAAUCCCGGCCAUAAACAGUUCAAGAACCACUCAGUCCGAAGGAAACGAGAACGAAUUCGAAAUUCCUGUCAAUUCGAUCCCCCUCCGCCCUCCAAGAACCCCUCUGAAUACCAUACCGGACCCCUCGCAAAACCCUAAAGAAACCCAAGAACAUGACCUGGGUUCUAGGGCUAAGCUUGACACUGGUCGGUUGAUUCGAUUACCAGAUAGAAAGACCGAGGCUUUUGAUCACUUGCCGCCGUUGAACAAGGGGAAUGGAAAUAUCAAUCCUGGUUCGAAUUGUGCAACCCCUAGAGGUGCUGCCCGUGGGAAAUCUCACUCGGAGCCGAAUUCAGCUCAGAGUACUCUAGCCAGGAGUGUUUCGAAGGUUUCUAAUGGUGGAGCGGCAUUAGGAGGUUCUACAAGCAAUCGAACUCUUCAGUAUAACGGACUAAAAGGAUGUAUUUCUUCUAGGGUUUCUCGUGGCAUCUCAAUUGUACCAUCCAUGCCGUUGAUGGAGGUUCCACAUUUUGAGCUUGUGGAAGAUCCUUCUUUCUGGAUGGAUCAUAAUGUGCAGGUUUUGAUACGGAUUCGACCUCUCAGUACUAGUGAGAGGACUUUGCAAGGGUAUGGUAGAUGCUUGAGGCAGGAGAGUGCGCAGACCUUAACAUGGCUUGGGCAUCCUGAAACAAGAUUUACCUUUGAUCACAUAGCAUGCGAGACGAUAUCACAGGAGAAGCUCUUCAAGGCCGCAGGCCUGCCCAUGGUGGAGAAUUGUAUGUCUGGGUAUAACAGCUGUAUGUUUGCAUAUGGUCAGACUGGCAGUGGCAAAACAUACACUAUGAUGGGUGAAAUAUAUGAGAUGGACAACAAGCUAAAUGAAGAUUGUGGAAUAACACCUCGAAUUUUUGAAUAUUUAUUCAUGAGAAUUAGAGCGGAGGAGGAGAGACGGAAGAAUGAAAAUUUGAAAUACAGUUGCAAGUGUUCCUUCCUAGAGAUCUAUAAUGAGCAGGUAACAGAUCUUUUGGAGCCUUCAUCAACCAAUCUUCAGCUCAGGGAAGAUAUGAAGAAAGGCGUGUAUGUUGAAAACCUCACAGAAUAUGAAGUGACAACUGUCAAUGAUGUAAUUAAACUUCUGUUAAAGGGUGCCACAAACAGAAAAAUGGCAGCAACUCAAAUGAAUAGUGAGAGCAGUAGGUCCCAUAGUGUCUUCACCUGUGUCAUCAAAAGCCGAUGGGACAAAGAUUCCAUGACCCACACUAGAUUUGGAAGGCUAAAUUUGGUAGACCUUGCUGGUUCAGAAAGGCAGAAAAGUUCUGGUGCAGAAGGAGAACGCUUGAAGGAAGCUGCAAAUAUCAACAAGUCAUUAUCAACUCUUGGUCUGGUGAUCAUGACUCUGGUGGAUGUUGCUCAUGGGAAACAUCGUCACAUUCCCUACAGAGAUUCUAGGCUCACUUUUCUCCUUCAGGAUUCCCUUGGUGGGAACUCAAAAACAACAAUUAUAGCAAAUGUCAGUCCAUCUAUUUGUUCUGCAAGUGAAACACUAAGCACCUUGAAGUUUGCUCAGCGUGCCAAGCUAAUUCAAAACAAUGCUAAAGUAAAUGAAGAUGCUUCAGGUGAUGUAACAACACUUCAGAGGGAAAUACAACAACUAAAGGACCAGUUGAACUUUUUGUUGAGAAAUCAAGACCUUUCAAGAUCUCUAUCAUGUUGCUUCCCAACUUUUGAGCAACCUAAUUUGAGUGAUUGUGAUGAAGAACAUAAGUCCUUUCUGAGAGGAAGAAUCCCUGAUAAUAAGGACAAUGCAAGUAUGCCCCCAGAAAAGAGAAAAUGCAUGGAAGCCACUAUAGUUGGUUCCCUUAGGCGAGAAAAAAUGGCAGAGGAUGCAGUCAGGAUGUUAGAAGCUGAAAUUGAACACAUGAAACGUUUGGUCCACCAAAGAGAUGAAGAUGCUGAAUGUACUAAAAUGAUGCUUAAGUUCCGUGAGGAUAAAAUUAAAAGACUUGAAUUAUUAGCAGAUGGGUUAGUGUCUGGAGAUGAGUAUCUCAUGGAGGAAAAUAGUGCUUUAGCUGAAGAAAUUCAGUUACUUCAAGGCAGAAUUGAUAGGAAUCCAGAACUGACUCGAUUUGCCUUGGAGAAUAUAAGACUCGUAAAUCAACUAAGAAUGUUUCAAGAUUUCUAUGAACAAGGAGAGCGCGAAAAAUUGUUAAAUGAAAUUUCAGAAUUGCGGAAACAGCUUCUGGAAACCCUUGAAGGGAACUAUGAGCCACAAGAUUUCCCUUCAAGAAAAAAUGUUCAGGAAAAUGAUACCUUAAAGGAGUUGGAAGAUUGCAGGAGGAAUCUUCGUGCUUGUCUAGAUAUCAAUGCAGGACUGACAAGGGAAGUUAAUGAAUUGCAGAAGGAACUGCAGAAAUAUUUAAGCUGUGGCAAAGCUGCAUUUCAUUCUAAUACAGAUUCCUCAUUUGGAGAUGAUGCCACAAUUAAACAAACAGAUUAUUCUUUGGUUGAAAUCAUAUCAAAUAAAUUUGAUUGUGAAGAUGAGGUUGCAUAUUAUAAUCAGGGGAAGAACGAGAUCAUACAAAAACAGAAUGACCAUAAGAUCUGUGAUCUUUCAGAAUUGCCUGAUAGUGACAACCAGAAAGAACUGAAGGAUGCAAAAUUCUUGAUUGAAGCAAUGGAAUCGGAGCGGGUCCAUCUAGUUGAAGAGCUGGAUAUUCUUCGACAGGAAAACUGCAAAUAUGCAAAACUCUUAAGGUUCAGAAAUUCCAAACAUAUGCAAUCCACUCUUGAACUUGAUACUCAUUGUGAACCAUUGGAAGGGUAUCAUGGAGACAUCUCCAUCCUGGCUCUACAAGCCAAAUUUGAUAGGAUGCAUAGGGACCUCGAGCAGGCCAGAGUAUUGAACAGGCAAUAUCAAGAUGAUCAAGCAUCACAGUUGUCUCACCUGUGUGAAGUUGAACUAGUCCGAGAGCAGGUUGAGGUGGAAACUGCUAGAACAAUUCUUCAUUUACAAGAGGAGAUUUCUACCCUUCAGCAAGAACUUCAGGAUAGAGUAUCUUUUAUGACCCAAGAAAAUACAAGAUUAAGAAACAUUAUAGCAUCUAAGGAGGAAGAAAUAAGGUCAUUGUCUGAUGAGUGGGAGAAAGCAAUUUUGGAUCUAACAAGCUUCCUUAUAGAUGGUUGCAAAUCCCUUGAAGAUGCAUCCAACCAGAUUGAAAAAAUUUCAGUUUCAUUUCCUCAAGGGAUAAUCUGUAUCAGUGAACAUGUUGAAAGAGCUGCCAGCAUCUUGAUUGAGAAAGAGAGAACAAUUAUGCAACUACAGAAGAGUCUAGAGGAGGCACAGAAAAUGGGACUGGAGAUGAGCUCAAAAUUGAGUUCCUUGAAGGGAGCGACAGUAGCUAUAACUGAAGUUCAUAGGCUAGAAAAUGUGGAAAUUUCCAAAGAAGUGUUGCAGUUAAGAACUCUAUUAAAUGAGAAUAUUUCUGUGAUACAACAGUUAGAGAGUAAACUCAAAGAAAAGGAGGAUGAGGUUGAAGCAAUGAAAUGUGCUGGUUCUGCAUCCAUAGAAGUAAAAAGGUCAUCAGGUUUUCUCGAUGGUAUUCAGAAAGAAGAUAACAAGAAGGAAUAUGAUGAAUUGGUUAAAAUAAAUCCUAACAGACUAGAUGAACAAAUAAAGCAUCCUGAGAUUGAAGACGAGUAUCCUGAGAUUGAACAAAUAAAAUAUGAGCUUGGUCAAGCAAAUGCCAGAUUAAAUGCUAUCAAAUCUGGCAUUAGGAUGCUCUUUAACAUGUGUGGAUUUUCAGAGACAGUUGGAGAGCUAGUAUGGAGUAAUAUAUUGAGUGUUGAUUCUUUUGCAACUGACUCUGAUCUCUCUCCAACUGACAUUGCUCCAAAAGACGAAAUGCAGAAAUCUUCACCAUCUAAUUUCGAUUCUGUGUACCUUGGAGAAUUAAGGGAACAUUAUUGGGAUUCACCAUCUGAAAGAGAUUUAACAUGUGUUCUUGGUGAUAGGUUGGACACAUAUCAGAAUCCUAUCAGAAACCUAUUUUGCAAUAAUGUAACCAUCUUGAGCCUGAAACAGGAAGUACAGUUGGCAAUUAAUAGCUUGCAGGAAAUAUAUCUUCAGUUGGGCAGUCUUUCUGAUUUGGAUGGAAAGACAAAUGGUUCUCUUCUAGAAGGAAGAUGUGUCCUUGAAUCACCUGCAUUUGGGAAGAGUGCAGGUGAGCUGGAGAUGGAGGAAGCCAAGGAAGGUUGUGACCACACCAGAGAGAUCUUUCGUUUCAAACUCCAUGAUGCUAAGUUAGUUGCUGAUGAGAAAAUUAAGAUGACCGGUAGCUUCCUUAGUAAAUUAGAGGAGGCACAAGCAACGAUGGAAGAGGCUGAUGCUAUGUUAAAUGCAUUGCUCAAAGCUAAUGAAAAUGAAAAGCAUGUAACCAAUAAAUGGAAGCAAGCAAAUGAAAAGUUGAUGAUGGAGAGAGCAAUCUUGAUUGAUGAAGUUAAGCAGCUUAAAACUUCUAUUCAUCUCAAGGAGGGAGAGUAUAAAUUCUUGCAAGAUCAAAUGCAUUCAGAUUUUGCAGAACUCGCAAGCUCAAUUUCUUCCCUAGAAGAAUCUUUUCUGCUUAUGCAGAGGGAUGCCGAUGAGAGGUUUGGAAUGGUGUAUUCUGACAUCUUUUCCUUGGGAAAGUACAUACUUGACUGCAUUUACAACUCAAGAUCAACACAGGAAGAUGUAUGGUCGCUGAUAAUGGAGAAAGACAUUUCUUUAUUUGUAAUGAAUCAGUGUUAUUUAGGAAAAUAUAUGGAGAAACUGUCAGGACUCAACAUGGAAGUUGACUUCCUGCAACAAAUACAUAAGGAAUGCCAUUCUGUAUUGCACAAUCCAGGUAGAGAAUGGUUGAUUACAGAAGAGGGCAUGUCUGCAACAAAAGGAAUAUUUCAUAUGAAAUGCAUAGGGGAAAAGGAUAAAUAUGCACAUCCAGAGAAGAAACUCUCUAGUCCAGGAGACAUUGUGGAUAUCGGAAUGUCCUCUGCAGUAGUUGCAAAACCAAAGGAACAGGAACUGAGUCUAAGCUAUGAUAAUCUGAUAGCUGAGAACUUGUUACUUAAGAGUGAACUGGCUCGGAAAGAUGUCCUUUUGAAAGGGUUGUUUUUUGAUCUAAGUUUGCUGCAGGAGUCAACCUCUAAUGCUAAGGACACCAAAGCUGAAACUGAACAUAUGUUUGCUUCUCUCUCUCAGGUUCAACAUGAACUAUCAUCAAAAACUAGUCAACUUAAUUACAUCUUGGUUCAACAUGAAGAACUCACAGCCCGUCUAGUUGAUUGUGAAGCUGCACUGUCUAUUUCAAAUCAUGAACUUGAGCAGGCUAAGUAUGAUCUGGAUAUGAUGUCCAAUCAAAAUGCUGAGUUGAGAGACCUCAUUGAAGAUCUCCAUCUCAAAAGAAAUGAUGCUGAAGUGCAACUUGAAGAAAAAAAUGAUGUUGUCAAAGGUUUGGAGAAAGAAAUUCUUCGUAUGGCUUCCUCGGUAGAUCAAAUGGUUAUCUCUGCCAUUGAGAACACUGAGGACGAAUUGAGGAAGGUUAUUAGUGAGAGGGAUUGCCUGCACAAAGAGGUUGUGUCUUUGAAUGAAAAGUUUGAAAUGGCAAAUGCCCUAGCUGAGGAGAAUGAGGCUAUUGCUAUUGAAGCUCGCCAGGUGUCAGAGGCAAAUAAAAUAUAUGCUGAACAGAAGGAAGAGGAAGUGAAAAUUCUUGAACGUUCUGUUGAGGAGCUUGAAAGUACUAUAAAUGUACUGGAGAAAAAGGUGUAUGAAAUGGGUGAGGAGGUAGAGAGGCAUCGCUCAUUGAGGGAUGAACUGGAGCUGGAAGUCCAGGCUUUGAGACAGAGAGUGUCAACUGUUGAAACUGCUAAAGAAAAUAUGGAAUAUUCUAAUGAUGAAAAUGAAACUGAGGAUCAAAUGUCACGGCAUGUGGAUAAAAACAUCCUGGAGCUUCAUGAAGCAAAGAAUCGGAUUAGGGUUCUUGAAAAGGAAAGAGCAGACCAGGCUGAAGAGCUAAAAAGAUGCAGAAUGUAUACCUCAGAACUGGUACUGCACUCAGAGGCCCAAGCAUCACAAUACCAGCAAAAGUACAAGAUGUUGGAGGCCAAGGUUCGGGAAUUGAAAACAGCCCCAUCAACUUUCAGUUCUGCAGCAUCAACGUUAGAAAAAAUUGAAAAAGGCUCUGCAAGGACUAGGGGUUCCAGCUCACCAUUCCGUUGUAUUGCAAGCUUGGUUCAACAAAUGAACUUGGAGAAGGAUCAGGAGUUAUCAGUGGCCAAGCUCCGAAUAGAAGAGUUAGAGGCAUUAGCUGCUAGUCGGCAGAAAGAGGUAUGUAUGCUAAAUACAAGACUUGCUGCAACAGAAAACAUGACACAUGAUGUUAUUAGGGAUUUGCUUGGAGUUAAAUUGGACAUUACCAACUAUGCAAACUUGAUAGACCAGCACCAGGUGCAAAAGUUAUUGGAGGAAGCUCACCGGCAAACAGAACAAUCUCUUGCAAAGGAGCAGGAAAUACUCAAGCUAAAGAAAUGGAUUGAUGAUUUGGUUGAGGAAAGAAAGAGCUGCAUCGAUGAAAUAAAUCAAAGGGAAUCAGAUAUACUUGCUGCACAGGUAACAAUUGAACAAGUUCGGCAACGAGAACAGUUACUCACAGCACAGAAUGAAAUGCUUAAGACAGAGAAAAUCAAUCUAAAGAGGAAGAUUGUAGAAUUGGAUGAAAUGAUAAAGAAACUUGUUGGAUCUCAGAAUAUCCAACAGCUGAAUGAACAGCUUGGAAAGGAGAGCAAUUUUCGUAGGGUUGAUAAUAAAGAGCUAAGCAAGAGGCUAGCACAUUCAGAAAAGUUUCUUUCUCGUGUGAAUGAAAGACCUAACUGGUAUGCUAAGUCUGAUUACAGGGGUCUAUGCAACAAGAAUGAAGAAUGAAGAAUGAAGGAUAUGAUAUGAAAGACAGUGGCAUCUGGCAGGAACAAGAACAAGCAUUUGAUUAAUUUGAAAUGGGAGAUCUGUACGAGGGAAAAAUUGAAGUGGAUGACCAAAGUGCGGAUAAUGGUAAAUCUUUUGAGGGAGCAAGCUACAUAGUGCAUAAGAUUCAAUUUACAAUUGAAAGAUACCAUCAAGAUAGGUUGAAACGUUGAAGCAACAAGUAUAUACCAAACCGUCUCCCAUUGUAACAGUUGUUUGUCCAUUUAAAUGGCUUGACUCUAUUUUGUAUAUGGGAGCUCUAGGCGUGACUCGUUAUCUGUCUGUCUGUCUUAAAAGUACACUUGAAUGGAAAUAUUUCAUUUCCCAUUCUAAAAAAUGCUUCUCAAUAUGCUGCCAAAUACAUGCAGAACUGGUUCUCGUCA